AUGGUGCGCCAUCCGGGCAGUCCGCUCCAUUACGCCGGCAUGCUCGCAGCCUCGUGUCUGGGGCUGCUCGGUCGCAGCGGCUGGGGCCGCGGCGACCGAGACAAGCGUGAGCUGACAGUGGCGAGUACCAUGAGCACUUCGGAGACGGAGCUGAUAGAGAGCACAUACAUGGUGACGCCCACCUCCACUGGCGGACCUGCAAUCAAGCCCAAUCACAAGGAGCUGAUGGACAGCACGUACAUGGUGACUCCCACAUCCACGGGCGGUCCUGAAACGUUACAUUGGUUACAUCUACUGAAACUAUCCCUGAAAAAGCUUGCGCGCACCAAAGAUUUUCCAUCAGUCUACUGCACC